GAAGAAGAAAAACGGUGGUCUGCCGUUUCACCGCGCCGCGCUCUGCUGCCGAGAGGUCUUUUUGAGUGUGUCUCAGGCGUUCGUAAACCUCGCGAAACACAAAAAGAAGCGAUUUUGGAGAUCCAAAGUUUUACGGGCAGUGAUACUUUUAUGCAAACAUUGCGCCCGGAGGUUCAGCGCAUCGGAUAGUGUACGAAUCUUGCCCUGAAAGUCACUUUUGGAGCCAGAAAAAGGAAAAUCGGCAAAUUUGUUUGGCACCGAUUGGAAGCUUGAGCCCACCACUAGCCCGCAGAAGCCACAACAAGGAUGUCCGGAAUUGCGGUCGCGCGUCUCGGCGAGGAACGAAAAGCAUGGCGUAAAGAUCAUCCCUUUGGAUUUGUCGCUCGCCCUGUCAAAAACGCCGAUGGCACACUCAACCUUAUGACGUGGGAAUGUGCGAUCCCAGGAAAGAAGGGAACCCCAUGGGAGGGUGGCCUCUACAAGCUGCGUAUGAUCUUCAAGGAUGACUAUCCAACCAGCCCGCCAAAGUGUAAGUUCGAACCGCCGCUGUUCCACCCGAACGUGUACCCAUCGGGCACCGUUUGUCUGUCGCUGCUGGACGAGGAGAAGGAUUGGCGUCCGGCGAUCACGAUCAAGCAGAUUCUUCUCGGUAUUCAGGACUUGCUCAACGAGCCCAACAUCAAGGAUCCCGCUCAAGCGGAAGCGUACACUAUCUAUUGUCAAAACCGUUUGGAGUACGAGAAACGUGUCCGGGCACAGGCCAGGGCCAUGGCCGCCGCUGAGUAAGUUGUAUCAUUUUUUACCGUUUAAGCUAGUGUGUGACGAACUGAGACAGUAAGAAAAUCGACUAAAUUUAAACUUAGACCGCGUGUUGCUAAAGGGGGUAAUUCGACGUGUACUUUGCUGGAGACCGCGGGUCACAGGAACGGUGACCGGCUUGAGUGAAAGAUAGACAAUUGAGGCGGGGGUGUUCUUGAAAUUUGAACCAACAUCAACCAUACAAAAGAAAAGAAAAGGAAGCAUAACAUACUGAUUACCUAUACCCUACAUGAUAAUCUUUCCACGUAUCUCAAAACGCAAGAAAAAAAAAAUAACGGAGAAUACCCAGAAACCUGCAGAUAAAUUUAUUCAUUAUUGUAGAUCUAAGCCAUUUUUUUUAAUUAUUUAAAAUUGCGAAGAAACAAACAAACGGAAUAUCCAUUACAAGAAAGGUCAAUAAAUAUGCAAGCCGAAAAUAAUUCAUUCUCUCAACCAACUCGCCUGGUGCAGAACAAA